CGCGAUACAGCGUUCUUUGGCUACUGAAGUUGGUGGACGCAUUUGAAUUAUUAAACAUUGAAAUAUUUGCACUAUAAAAAAAUAUACAAUAAGUAAAAUAAACACGUUGGUAAUAAAAGAUGCACGAGCGAUACAUGCUGUAAAACUGAUGUAAAACUGUUUAAUUUGAAGUCAAAUUGAUACGUGAAUCUAACCUAAAUUGGAUGACAUUUCGCAGCAUUUACUGUUCAGUACGCUAUGCGAUUAGUACGGUUAAACAUUAUUAAACAUGGCAGAAGUGGACGCAAGUCGAGAAGAUAUUCUCAUUCAGAUAGAACGCGCGUUUCCAGUACUUCAGGGAAAGAUUCAAGAUGAAUGUACAGAAGAAGAAUUUGCUGAUAUAGCGGAGAACAUACAGCAGUUGAAGCUGACACAUUAUGUCCAAGACAUUGUUAUUCAUCAUAUAGAACAAUACAUUCGCUGGCAUGUGGCACCAGCAUUUUGGAAAAAGUUUGAGAAUGCAGAGGAUGGACAGCGGGGCUUUGAAUUGUUUAAAUCCGCUGUAGAUGGUCUGUAUGCUAAUCUCACAGAAUUUUUACCAGUUCUAAAAAAGUUGGAAUAUUUAAGACAAAACAAAGAUGAUGCGCACAUGUCAAGCGCUGGAGAUGACAUAGAUGCACAAUUCAAACUUUGUGUAAGAGCAACAUUGUUAGGUCAACUACCUCUGUGUCACGAAUAUAUCACAGAACAGUUUUAUAAAAUUGCAUUCAAUGUAUUCUGCAAUUCAGACAACUCGUCACAAGACACAUCAAGUAGUGAGAUUCAGUGCACAGGAUGUGGCCAGGAAACGGACAGCUGUCAAUGCCAAACGAUAGUUUAUAUGUUUCACGAAACAAAUAGAAAAUUAAUCGAAUUGGAAUUAUUGGAAAGACUUGUGGGAAAUGUACUUACGUCACUAAUUCAUAUUCGUAUUGAAAAUCAUGUAAUUCAAACAUGUGAUAAGACAUUUGACGUAUCGCAGCUGAUCCCAUUGGAAAAUUGGCUGGAAACUGUUGUGAUGAGUUGGCUAAUAAGAAUUUAUUCUGGUGGUUUUUCAAAAACGGUAGCUCUUAGUGACAAAGUUCGUAAUGCCAUAAACAAAUUCAAACAGAAAUUAUCACAUUUUCUGUACGAGACGUACACUAAGAUAAGAAUUGAUCACUUGUUUAAUAUAAUAAUAGAAUAUCCCGAGUCGCAACCCGCGGUAGAUGAUCUCCGAAUUUGUCUGGAAAGAACCAAUCAACGGAAAGUUCUGAUUAAGAAUUUGCAGGAAGCGAUCAAAACGAGGCUCUUGCAUCCUGGUGUAAACACGCCGGAUAUAGUGACCGCUUAUAUCGCCGCGAUCAAAGCGCUCAAACAUCUCGAUCCAACUGGAGUUCUUUUAGAAGCUGUGACAGAGCCUAUCAAGAGUUAUCUAAGGAGCAGGGAAGAUACCGUACGUUCCGUCGUUAACAGCCUGCUUGAUGAUUCUCCGAGCGAGUUGGCCGACGAAUUAAUCAAAGGCGAGUGUCUGCAACUGGACGAUGGUUCAGCAGACGACGAAACUGAGGAUUGGGAGAAAUGGAUGCCGGAUCCGGUCGACGCUGAUCCCGCUAAAUCGACACAACGUAAAGUGUCCGACAUAAUUUCUAUGCUGGUAAAUGUUUACGGCAGUCAAGACUUAUUUGUUAAUGAGUACCGUACUUUAUUGGCGGACAGACUGCUCUCGCAACUCAAUUAUCAUACCGAACGCGAGAUACGUCACUUGGAGUUGUUGAAGAGACGAUUCGGAGAGAAUCAGCUGCAUUACUGCGAGGUCAUGUUGAAAGACGUUUACGAUUCCAAGAGGAUAGAUGGUAACAUUCACUCCGACACUAGUUACAAUUUGCAGAGGGAACUUUUUCCCACUUCUGCGCUCAUAUUAUCCGCGCAAUUUUGGCCACCGUUCAGAGACUGGAAAUUGAAACUACCCAACAUUGUACAGAAUCAAUUAAACAAGUAUGUGAAAGCGUUUGAGGCUUUGAAGGGAAACAGAACGCUCUGCUGGAAGCCUCAUUUGGGAAACGUUAAUUUGGAGAUUGAAUUGAAAGAUAGAAAGUUGGAUAUAAAUGUCACUCCGAUACACGCGACGAUUAUAUUGCAUUUCCAGGACAAAAGUGAGUGGGCUUUGCAGGAUUUAGCAGAAAUAAUGCAUGUUCCAACGACUGUUCUGCGACGUAAGAUGACAUUCUGGGUGUCGCAAGGCCUCCUGAAGGAAACUUCCAACAACGUGUAUAUCCUGCAGGAGGAAAGCACGUCCAAAAAUCGCUUGUCUACCGACAUUGUUGAAGAGGAAGAGACUGAAAGCGUAAUGGCUUCGACUAGCGAUCAGAGAGAGGAGGAAUUACAAGUAUUUUGGUCGUACAUCGUCGGGAUGUUAACGAAUCUGGAUUCGUUGCCGAUAGAAAGGAUUCAUCAGAUGUUGAAAAUGUUCGCGUCUCAGGGACCGGGCACUGUAGAAUGCGGUUUACCGGAACUGAGACAGUUUUUGGAUAGAAAAGUCAGGGAACAUCAACUGUUGCUCUCUGGUAAUAUGUACAGAUUACCGAAAUCAUAAAACGUGUCUCUUCGUUUCACAUAAUCAUUAUUCUAGAAAGAUGUCACAUAAGAUCAAAACGUCGUCUCUAUAGUUUUUUACAGCAAUAGAAAAAAAAAUUUACGCUACAUCAAGAGAGUGUAUAAAAAAAGUGUCACAUUCAAGAGAGAAAUAAAGCUAAUCUAUACAUACACGUAUUUCGUAUAUCUAUUUACAUCUGAAUACCUUACCAAAUGCAUACCAUGUGCAUAUACAUAAAAUAGAAAUCUUAGUAGUAUUCAACCCCAUUUUUUGAUAACUUUGAGUGUAAAUAAAGUGUCGAGAACUAGUGUCGAGAAUAUUGGAAAAAUAUUUUUAUUGCUGUUCAUCAUAGUAUUUUUACAUGUUUGUGCAUAAACUAUUUGAUUUGCAUUUUUAUCGCAAAUCGUAAUCUUCUUUUGAAAAUUGCAUACAAUACACUAUGGUUCACAAUCAGAUCUUUUAGAGAUUUCGGAAAUAAAAAUUAUACUUUUUGCAUUGUCACUUAUACAUUAAUAUUGCCACAUAUCCUGCACAUAUAUAUCAACAUUAAAAUAAAAUAUGAAACUAAAAAAUUAUCAUAUAAUAAAUUUCGGCAAAGAAACUAUAUAACUAUAGAAUAAUAAAUGUAAAUUUGCAUGCCGUAAGAUCUAACAAGAUUGCUUGCACAUACAUAAUUUCUUAUAUAACUUAUCUGUGUACAUGUAUAAAUAUGAUAACAAGAUAUAGAGAAAUCACGCCGGCAUUUACUCCUGCGGUGGUAAUAAUAAUCUGCGAAGAACCGCUCGAUGAAAAAAUAAAGAUAUAUGUUUGCGUAUAUAAUAUUCCCCUCGAUCAAACUGCUCGUUUCUCUGUGACAAGACAAGAUAUAUCGUAAUAUAUGUAUAUGUAAUAGAUUCGUCAAUAUUGCACAGAACAGAGAACAGAAUUAAGUUGCGCGAUUCGAUACAGAAGUAAAUUACGGCUGUGUUUAUUUAUACCAUCUAGAUGUUCAACUGAGAUAAUAUAUGUAUAACACAUUAUGUAUAUAUGUGUGAUAGUUUACGUUCUUAUGUAUAUUAGACAGUAAGACAUAAAGAGACAGUAUAUACAUAAAAAGUAUACAUAUCCAUAUAAUCGACCACGCUCGCGAAAAAAAUGCGGAACUAAUUCGUACAUUACAGUCGCAUUUAAUAGAGGACAAUAAUAUAUAUUCAAAAAUAUUUCAUUAAAUCAAUUAUUUACGUACAAUAAUAAACUAUAUAUCGAAUAUUUACGUUGCAAACUUAAGUAGAUUUCAGAUCACUCUUAAUGCGUAACUCUGUGUGUAUGUAUGUAUGCAUGUAUGUGUGUUUGGAUGUGCGUGUAUAUGCUUUUUAGCGCUUAUAUACAUGAAGGACCAAAGCUAUCGAUAUCUAGGAGAAACUCUUCGGACAAAAAUUCCAAAAUAUCUGUCGAAAGAACGAGUAUAACAUUUGACACAUGACUGAUUAUACAUAAGUUAUAUAACGCGUGUAACUUGAAAUCGUUCUUAAUCGUUACAUGUACAGUAUGGCAAAUCUAAAAAUGGUGCAACUAAUACAACGAUAAAGUCGAUAUUAAGUAAGUCAUUCUCUCACGCAAACACUCUUUGCAUGUGUGGACAGAGAUUACAUACAUUUGUUUAUUUAUAUGAUUAUAAUAUCUCGUAAAUAUUAAAAAUCUCAUAAAUAAUUUUACGGCGCAAAAAGUAUUAACAACAGAUCGUUUGCUUUUAUUUCGUCACUUUGCUCGCCAAUUUAAUAAUAACGAUACGUAUAUAGUAUACAUACGUAUCGUAUAUUCAACAAUCCUGCGGUUUAAGUUUUAAGAUUUUACAAUAUUAAAAUUUGUGAUUUAUUCAACAAAUCCUUGACAACACGAAUAAAUGUCUUGCUCUUUUCUCAUCAACUUAUUGCACACUGAUGUCCUAAAAUGUUCUUUAAUAUAUAUAACAUUCCCUAAAAAUAUUUUGAAUAGCGUUUCUCUUAAUACUUUUGACUGAAAUAAUAUAUACACGUAGCUCUCGUACUCCUACAUUCGACGGCGGACUUUUGAAGCCUUCUCUCUUCGAGAUAUUUGGGAUUCUGGAUGGAAUACUACUCGCUACUUGUAACGAGGAAAAUUGUUAGAGAAAAAA